AUACGUGUACUGUUGACAAUGGAAUUGGUGAGCCCGACAACUCAACGUUUCUUCUUGUUGUAAAUCGUAAUUUAAACACAGAAUUUACUUUCAUGAUAAGAGAAAAAAAUUCGAAACUCACUGCGAAAUUAAAUGACGACAACAGUAAGGAAUUCCGGGACAAAGAUGAGGAAUUUAAAAACAAGAUCAAGAAAGUGAUUCCAGAAUGUCAUAAACAUGUAGUUCACAAAAUUGAAUUAAGGCCGGGAAGUAUAAUUAUAUACUUCCGUCUCUCAUUCGAGAAUCCUAUGGGACAAGAGGCAUUAACAUCGAUGCUUCAGGAAGCUGUCAGAAAGGGGCAAUUAGGCGAAGUUGAUUCAAUUGAAGUUGCAGAGAAUAUCCCCGCAAAGAAGAAUUGCAGUGGUUUCUAUGAGGAUGACCAGAUUUGCAAGACAGUUAAAACUGUUUGGAUUGUCUUAAUUGUCACUGGAGUACUGUUUCCUUGUGCUGUUAUCAUAAUAAUCAUCUACUUUGUACACAAAAGGAGAAAGUGCACGCGAAAAGACAAAAGAAUUCACAGUGAGACCGACGAGCGGCAGGCAUUUUCCAGUAAUCCCGGCACCGUGUCAGAGGGUAAUCCAUGUGCUGAAGUGAAUAGUGGUUAUGCCAAUGCUGGACCUCAGCCUUCAGUAGAAAUUGAACAAGAGCUCGGAGAAGUUGGUGGUGAGGCAACACCUACCUAUGCUUUGGUGGACAAGUCCAAGAAGAAAGACAAAAAGAAAGAUAAGAAAGCUGCUGAAGAGAAGCCGACUGAAGAUCAGUACGCUGUCGUGGACAAGUCAAAAAAGAAGAAGAAGAAGAACGAACCGGACGCCACUUACGCUGAAGUCGACAUGUCAAAUAAAUCAAAAAAGAAGCCCAAGCCGGGUGAAGUUCUUUACGCUGAUUUGGGUGAAUUCCAUCACAUGCAGAGAAUGCCUGAAGUAUCCACUUCCCCCAAAACCCUGCCUCCGAUCAAACUGCCGGAGGCUUAUGCUGAAACACAGUAUGCUGACAUCACCCAGUUUCUGAAGGGAAACCCUCACGACACAGGUGCUGAGCCUCCUAACGACAGUAUCACUUCAGCUGUCAACAAUACUGCCGCUGGCAACGAAAAGGAAUCCUCUGCUGGGAACACAGGUGACAGUGCAGAGGCAACUAACGAGACAGGAUUUUAGUUUUAACUGAGUCAGGAAACGUUAGAAGAGCUGCGGUUGUGUCGUAAAAUAAUGGUAAUCGUAGCCUUAGUAGUUAAUUGUCGUGUUUCUCAGUCAUUUUUCCUCAGGCAUAAAUAUUUGUUUCAAUGUAGGAUAGAUUGUGCUUGAUGUGUUUUUAUAACACCACAAGAAUUCUAGAUAAGAAGCACGUGUACUUACGAUUUGUUUCUUUGUAAAAAAAAAAUCAUGUUAA